GAGAGAGAGAAAAAAAAAACCGAGAAACUGACUGUCAAGACUUCGCCACUGCAGCAGACAGCAAAACAGAACUGCAGGCGGAAGUUGAGUGUCCGGGUUUGUUUCCAGUCUGCUAGAAGAAACCCAUUACCUAAUAUCUAAACCAAUUCUUUCAUUGUAAAACAAACAAACAAAUACAAAACAAAACAAAACAAACAAACAAAAAACACACCAAGGACAGUGUCGCUGGAAAACAAACGCAGUUGUGAAUUGCUUGGAUGGGAGAACUCGAAUUCGUUUGUUUGGAAGCUUGCCUGACAGACUUUCACGGUUGUCUCUUUCGUAUCGAAUCAUAGAAGCUGGGCUAGUCUGGUUCAUCCUUCAUCGGAUUUGCUUUAUCGCACGGGUUUUCUGUGAGCCACUUCCUUCUCGACUUCACAGAACAGACUGGCCUGUGUAUUCGAUCUGCUUCCUACUUCAACCUCCUUAAUUCUACCUCAGGUCUAAAGAGCAUUCCUCCUGUGUGUUUAUAAUUUGAAUUUAUGUUUUAUGACAAUUAAAUUACACAGAGACAGAGAGAAAAUCAAGAACCGCCGUGUAUCAGCGUGUUAUAUCGCACACAUCUUUAUUUUGGUUGUGUUUGUGGUGUCUGGUUACGCGUGGAAAUCAACCCAGCAUAAAACGUUGCAAGCAGGGAAUUGUACAUUUUGGCUUGGUUUACGUCUUUCGCGGAUUCUUGAUAAGGAGGGUCGAAUAAGCCAGGAAGCCCGUUUAAUUUACGUGGGUUGUGAAUUUUAUUAAUUUAUUUUAAUUGAUUAUUUUGGCGAUAUCUUUACACCAGAAUUGUUCUGUUUUAACAGUUUAAGAAGCUAUUUUUAUUUCUUAAAAUUUAACGUUUAAACAAAAAAGGUGGAGCUAGUUGUAUUGUAUGCUUUGUGACAAAUAAGAAUUGCCUGAUGAUAGUCUUAAGUAUUUAUAAUGUUUUUUAGUUUUUUUUCCUCACUGAUAGCUGUAAAAGGGCGUCGUUUUCUUACAUUAAGUUGACAUGAUUUUGAUUUCUUUACCUAUUUAUCAGUCCUUGUGCUCUCACUGCAUUUUACACUAGCACUUUCUUGUCGCGAUGACUUGAACAGAAGAGGCUUUUAAUAUUGCUAUAGAUAGUGUAAACAAUCCCCAGCAUUUAACAAUCAAGCAAAUAAGCUUAUCGGAUCAGAAAUAAUUCAUAAUUAUGGCAGAUCGCACUCGGAUCCGGUAUGGCAACAAUGAAGACAGUCCAACUGCAAGCCCUGCGACUGGACGGAAGAAAGUGCAUCAGUCCCCGACUUCUAGAACCAAGCAUUAUCUCAGCGUCCCAGGACACAGUUUUAGGAAGGUGACUUUAACCAAACCAACGUUCUGUCACCACUGUACCGAUUUCAUCUGGGGACUGGCUGGGUUUCUGUGUGAAGUGUGUAAUUUCAUGUCCCAUGAGAAGUGCCUGAAGCAUGUGAAGACUGUCUGCUCUUGGAUGGCUUCGACGUUAGUGCGGGUCCCAGUUUCCCAUUGUUUCAGUCCUCUUGGCCAGAAGAAGAAAUUCUGUUCGGUUUGUAGAAAGCAACUGGAGGAGAGCUCCGCCUUGCGCUGCGAAGUUUGUGAGUUGCAUGUCCAUGUUGACUGCUCUCUUUUUAGCUGUAGUGACUGUCGACAGUGUCACCAUGAUGGCCACCAAGAUCAUGACAUCUUUCACCACCACUGGAGGGAGGGCAAUCUCUCUUCUAGUGCACGCUGUGAAGUGUGCAAGAGGACCUGUGGCUCCUCAGAAGUGCUGUCUGGGAUGAGGUGUGAAUGGUGCGGAAUCACAGCACAUGCAUCCUGUUACAUCAUUCUUCUGCCAGAAUGUAAGUUUGGAAGACUGAAGAAAAUGAUUCUUCCCCCAAACUGUGUGCGUGUCAACUCCCGAAACUUCAGCAAAAUGCAGUGUUUCCGGAUCUCUGAAAGCUCUCAAAAAGAACCAGAUGACAGUGAUGAUGUUGAUCGCUCAGUUGCAGGGAACUUGAAAGAAACACAAUCCACCUCAUCAUCAGAUUCAAGUAAACAAACCCUAAAGAUAUUUGAUGGCAAUGAUGCAGUAAAGCGCAACCAGUUUCGCCUCAUAUCGGUUCCACGGAUCGCCAAAAACGAAGAAGUUGUGGAAGCAGCGCUGAAAGUUUACUACAUCCCAUAUGAGCCCCAAGACUACGAGCUCCAGAUAUACUGCCAACAGGUCCUGGUUAACGAGGAUAUCACCAACUGCAAUGGGGCCAUGGAGAACCCCAAGUCACAGUCUGUGUUUAAGGAGUCUAUGCCUGAGGCCUGGGUGCUCCAAGCCAAACCAAAGGAGAGCGAAGUCCUCAAGAUAUAUGCUGGAUGGUUAAAACUGGGAGUGGCAUACAUCUCCAUCUUGAUCACCAAGAAAAGCACUGUCGAGUCUGUCAUUAAAGAAGUUCUUCAGCAGUUAGGAAGAUCGGACGAAGACCCAGAGGGUUUAAGACUUGUAGAAGUACAUAUGGGGAGCAAGCAAGUUCAACGGCAAGUGCUGACGAACCAGGAACUUUUGCUGGAGAAACUUCAGGACAUCAGAAAGAACUCUAUUCGUCAAAUGAACCAAACCCGGUUCUACAUUGUGGAAAACAGGAACUCCGUGGUGCAGGUGAACCUGUUGGUGAGCGGACUACCAGUACAGUUGAAUGAAAAAGAAUACACUGAACUUCUUCAAGAACACCUCACUAUUAAAACUCAUCUAGUUUCUGUCAGUCAUGUUUACACAGGGCAAGGGGCUGUGAUACUGGAAAUAUCUUGCUUUUCUGAGGCAGAAAGAAUAUAUAUGCUAGCAAAAGAUACUACAAUCAACAGCAAACAGAUAUCCGCAGUUAUCAUUCCUGAAAUAAUGUAUAAGAAGCUGCCACAGGAAUGCUGCCCUCUUCUUCUGUUUGUAAAUCCCAAGAGUGGAGGACUGAAAGGGAGAGAUCUCCUUUACAGUUUCCGGAAACUUCUAAAUCCUCACCAAGUCUUUGAACUGACCAGUGCGGGGCCUCUGCCAGGGCUGCAUACUUUCCGUCAGGUGCCGCAUUUCCGGAUCCUGGUGUGUGGAGGUGAUGGGACAGUUGGCUGGGUCCUGGGUGUACUGGAAGAGAUCAGACACAAACUAGCCUGUUCAGAGCCAGCCAUUGGGAUAGUGCCUCUAGGAACAGGUAAUGACUUGGCCAGGGUGCUGCGCUGGGGUGCAGGCUACAGUGGGGAGGACCCCCAUUCUGUGCUCAUGUCCUUGGAUGAAGCAGAAGAGGUGCUGAUGGACCGCUGGACUAUUUUGCUGGAUGCCCAAGAGGCUGUUGACGAGGAUAAGGAGAAUGGCAUCACGGAGCCAGAGCCACCAAAGAUCAUACACAUGAACAAUUACUGUGGACUGGGCAUUGAUGCAGAGCUGAGUCUUGAUUUUCACCAUGCCAGGGAAGAGGAGCCGGGCAAAUUUAACAGCAGGUUUCAUAACAAAGGGGUGUAUGUUAAAGUGGGGCUGCAGAAGAUCAGCCACACUAGAAAUCUGCACCAACACCUGCAGCUGCAGGUGGACCAGCAUGAGGUGGAGCUGCCCAGUAUUGAAGGGCUCAUCUUCCUCAAUAUUCCCAGCUGGGGAUCUGGAGCUGACCUGUGGGGGUCCGACAGCGAUGGCCGAUACGAGAAGCCACGGCUUGAUGAUGGCUUACUGGAGAUAGUGGGAGUCACUGGUGUGGUGCACAUGGGCCAAGUCCAGGGUGGUUUGCGUUCUGGAAUCCGGAUUGCUCAGGGGGCCUACGUGCGUCUCACAAUUAAAAAGCCCAUUCCUGUCCAGGUUGAUGGAGAGCCUUGGAUUCAGCCACCGGGGGAAAUUAUAAUCUCUGCAGCAGGACCUAAGGUUCACAUGCUAAGGAAGUCCAAAGUGAAGCAGAAGAAGCAAUCAGGGAGUUUGAAAGAGUCGAGAACGGACAGCCUAACACUUUCUGAAGGAGUAAACUGAACACUAGCGGAGUCUUUCAACCCCACUGGUUUGAGAAAAAAAGAUUGUUAUUACUAAUGGUGGAGACUUCAGCAAAAGGACAGAGGACAUCUAAGCUCAGAGGGAUUACUGUAGGUCAUUUCAACCAUCUGUCAUUAUUUUAUAAAUAUUUUAUUGUCCAUGCCUUCAGUACAAAAUACCAGUAUUUUCAGACUAGGUAUGGUUUAAAAUGGUCAACUUGUUCUGUGAUGGCAACCAAUAACUCCAGGUGUUUUCUGUCUUUUGCCAAACUGGUGUACAAAUUACUCAAUACCUGUCUAAUCGUAGUUUUCAGUCAUUUUACAAAAACAAGAAGGUUAAAUGAUUGGUUAAAACCCUAGUUCUAGUAAAGUUUUUGCAGUAAAAACCCAAUGGACAACUCAUAAGGAAACUCAGUGCAAAAAAAGGCUUUUAUUUUAACUACACAAUGUUCUACUGUGAAGUGCCUCAUACCAGAGCUUCACAUUACUGUAGGUGCUACUUUAUUUCAUUUUCCAUUUGCUGCAUUUGAAAUGGAUCUCCAGAACAGAUUUGGCUUCUACCUAACAGUUUGCAGCUUUGUAAAUGUUAUAUUCAUAUGUAACUAAAAAUUUAAAUGUAGGGCCCUUUGGAAGAUCAUUUCCAAAUUUUAGAGGUAACGUUUACUGUGAGUUUGUUAUAAAUUUACAAAUUAGCUGCAGACAAUUCCAUUUAUUGAGAGAUUAUGUUUAGAAAUUCGGAAUGUACUUGUGCUCUUAAAGUAUAUAAUCCAAAUAUGAAGUCCACUUUGGGGGACCAAGAAAAUUGUCCAUUUUAAAUAAGUAGACCUGUAUUGUGUUAUGUAAUUUUUUUUUUUUUUUUUUGAGAGUGGAACUACUUUUUAGUGGCUUAUAUUGCUGUGGGUGGACAUUUGUUUUGCACUCAUGAAUCUAAUGAAUCUGUAGGUACCCCUUUUGUGCACUGGAAAGUAAAAUACAAUAACAACAAAAGAAACAGUUAAUACACUUUAGAAUUACAGAUGAAAUACUGAAAAUAUUGCAUGAAACGUAAACAAUAACACAGGUUUUACUGUACUGCCUUCAACAACUUGAGAAUCGGUUAGAGCAACACACAUUUUCAGGUGUGUUAUUGCACUUGUAAAAUGACUUCUGGUGUAUGGAAUUAAAUGAGGGCCAAACCAAUUUUUGUAACUAUUUUGUAAUAUAAUUUAUGAUUUUAUAUACAAUAUUGGUAAAUAAAUAAAUAAAUAAAUAAAAGUUAACCCCAUUAACAAACCAGUUCAAGGGGGAAAAAAAUAAGAAAUGUUUUCCUAAAAUGAAUGUCAGAGUUCAAGGGUAUCCCUUAGAUAUACUUCUCCCUUGAACACUGGCCACGGGAAUGCAAUGUCUUUGGUGUCUAGCUAGGUUCGCAUUAACUCUUUUCCAUAUCAUUCACAAAAUAAUAAUAAAAAAAAUUGUCACAAAACUUAAGAAUAUAUGUGCAAUAUUAUGUUAUUCUAAUAAUAUUUUGCAAUUAACAGCAAAACCCUCCACUCUGCUCUUUUUAAAUAAUAAUAAUAAUAAUAAAAAACUUUAUAUAACAUUCUUAUUUUCACAGGCACUUCUGCAUUUCAAGUAUAUCAUUUGUACAAAAAAACAUUAAGCACAGUCUACUGUUUUAUAGUUUUAAAAAAAAAGAAAACAUGCCAAUACAGCUGUAACCAAUAGUGCCCUUUUUGCAUUUGUGUACCAAAUAAAGUAUGAGAAUAUUCAGGGCUGCCAUGAGUUGAGCCUUAAGUAACAUAACAAUAACCCUAUUGAAAUGACUUAAUGUGUUCCCCAAAACAAAAGAUUACUUAAAAA